UCCAUGAUAUUUCUUGCUGUAGACUAUUUUGAAUUUUUCCCGGUUUGAGUUAGUUUCCUAAGAGCUUGUACAUCGUGCGCAUUUGAAAGACCUUGUAAUUAUAGACAAGCGAGUUUUCUGUACAAUUUCCCUCAAGAUGCGUUUAAAACGUCUGGAGGAUCAGUUUUAAAAUUCUUAAUGCAUUUAUCCCGCUUACCAUGGCGGAUGGGGAUGGACGCAGCACAAGGAAGCGAUUCAUGCGGAGUUGUUUGGAGGAAAGAGUUUCCGCUGAGGAUGCACCUAAAGAACAGGCAGCAUCGAGCUCGUCCGUAUUGGAGGAGCAGCGAGACAGCACCGCAGUGCAGGUGCUGCCGCGUGGACGCUUUAACGAAGAUUUCCAGCCGACCACGACGACGUUUCCUUCCGGUUUCCGUAAAAUGGUCCCGCCAUGCGAUAUUCAGAGCUUUAUGAAUGUCGCGGCGACAUUUCGCCCAGCUUUGCCGUCCAAUUGGUAUGUCGCUGGGUACGCUAAUUUGAGCAGUUCCCGCGAUACGAUGAUGCAGAAAGCCGGUGGCGCGGUGUGUGCGGCGUACGAGAUCGCCUACGGAGACCAGAUUGCCGUGUUCUCCGCCUUCAUGACGUCCGCCCUCGAAGCCAAAGAGAUACCGAUUCACGCCAGCACCUACUGCAUGGAGAUUGUCGGAGCGGAUCCGGAUUUCCAAAGGUUCUGCUGCAACUUCAGUGGCGUUUUUAAUGGGAUCGGGCUGACUCUCACGGAAUCCUAUCUGCUCCUGGCCGCAGCGUUUUUCGAUCCGAGCACGACCAGUGCGGCGGAUAAGUCGUUACUCGGGUAUCUCCGCGUAUUUUAUAUGGAUGCGCUGACAUACAUGAUCGGCUAUCAUCGCCGGAACCCGACGGAACGAAUCGCUGUUUUUAACAAGCUAAACGAAGCGGCCAAAAUGUUCCCCUGGCCCUGGGUACACCAGAUUUCUCUCAAAUGGUACCAGACUCCUGAUCAGGCGCUGCCGCCGUUUCCCGCACCGUUGAAAACGCUGCUUCAAGAGUGCUUGAAACAUUAAGUUCGCUUUACUCAUACUCGUACCGUCGUGCGAAUGUAAAUGGCUUGGUAAAAAUGCAUUAUUAACUAAAGUGUGAAAAUGAAAAGUUCCGGAUAUCGC